GCCUGGGUGGUGUGGGAAGGUAAUGUACAGUCAUGGAGGACACUGCGACGCCGGGGAAGACUGAGGGAGUCCUUGAAAACCAAGUUCAGUCGGCGACAGAUCGGGGAGGAGCCCUGGUGGAGCUCACCCCGACCCCCGGCGGCCUGGCCCUAGUCAGCCCCUACCACACCCACCGGGCCGGGGACCCCUUAGACCUCGUGGCGCUCGCAGAGCAGGUGCAGAAGGCCGAUGAAUUCGUCCGGGCAAAUGCCACCAACAAGCUGACAGUGAUAGCUGAGCAAAUCCAACAUUUGCAAGAACAAGCCAGGAAGGUAUUGGAAGAUGCUCGCAGAGAUGCUGACUUGCACCACGCAGCUUGUAAUAUAGUGAAAAAACCUGGCAACAUUUACUACCUUUAUAGACGGGAGAGUGGUCAGCAGUAUUUUUCUAUUAUUUCUCCAAAGGAAUGGGGAGCAAGUUGUCCACAUGACUUCCUUGGUGCCUACAAGCUACAGCAUGACUUGUCUUGGACUCCAUAUGAGGACAUUGAGAAGCAAGAUGCUAAAAUCAGCAUAGUGGACAAGUUACUAAGCCAGCCAGUGGCCCUGCCUCCAAGGCCUGACCCCAACUUCCAGGGACUGACUCACUGAGAAUGGCCUCUGACAAACAGCUCUCAUGGCAAGGACCUGUCACUUCCUUGUUGCCCCCAUCCUCUGCCUUGAUGGGAGGUGGCAUGAGAACUGAGGGUGUGUAGAAGAAUCACGAACUUCUUGGAAGGAGACCGUGUGUGAUUGUAAUGCUGUCAUUAUUUGCUUUAGUGGGGAUGGUAAUGAAUCACAUCAGUCUUUUUGGGAAUCCUCUCUGGUUAACAGAUAUCCAACCAGUAAGUUUCAGCAUACUGGCCAGUGUACUUUCCUUCUCUUUGUCUCCCUCUGUUCUCUUUGUAAGUCAGAGCAUUAGAGAAAGAUGAGUUUCUUCUUCCCAUAAAAAGGUUGGUGAGGAUUUCCAGAGGGACUGUUUUUAAUUUUUUUUGUAAUGCAUCUUUAAGGUUGGGUUUAGACUACUUAACAUUUGGUGCACUUGAGCUUCAAUUUAUCAGGAAACAAGAAUGUUGGGUAAUGGAGGAUCAUAAACACCUUGGCUUGGCUGCACUAGUGUGUGUGUGAUUCUGGUGCUUCUGCACUGUUGGUGAGGUUUGGCUUGCGCCCUCUGCUCUUUCUGCCUAGCUAGUGACUGGAGAAUCGCAGGAAGCAGCAAUGGGUCAGCCUCUAAACUCACAGAGGCUGCCCUUAGUUCCUUACCAUGUGGGUCUCCCCAACAAGACAACUUUCUUCUAUCCCCUCUCCAAUCCAUUCUGCAAAGAUCAGCUUGAUCUUAUCUAAGGUCAUACCCCUCCCCUCACAAGAUAAUUUAUCAAGGAGCUGGAGCUUGGGAGGAAGGAGCUCCUAAGUGCCUGGAGCAAUUAGACUUUUGUAGUCCCCCUCCCCCCCUUUAUUGAUUUUAGAGAGAAAGGAAGGGAGAGAGAGAUAGAAGCAUCGAUGAGAGAGAACAUUGACUGGCCGCCUC